AUGAAACCUUCUCUACACUUAAGUUUCCUGGCUUUUGUGCUUUGCGUUUCAGCAACUAUCUUCAACGACCCUAGAGCAGUGACCAGCAAAGGGUACGACUACAUCAUCGCAGGAGGAGGACUCACGGGCCUCACAACAGCCGCGCGUUUAACGCAAGAUGAGAAGAUCAGUGUAUUGGUUAUCGAAAGCGGCUUCCUACAGUCUAACCGAGGUCCGCUAAUUGAAAAUGUAACCUCGUUCGGUCAAGCCUUCGACAGCACACUCGAUUACGGCUUUCAAACCGUAUCACUGGAUAUCAAUGGACGCCCCUUGACCAUUCACUCAGGCAAUGGCCUCGGUGGAUCUACAUUGAUCAAUGGAGCAUCUUAUACCAGCCCUGCCAGCAUUCAGAUCGACUCCUGGGAGUCCCAUUUGGGAAACCAUGGGUGGAACUGGAGAAAUCUUUCUUCAUACAUUCGCAAGGCUGAACGUGCUCGCCAUCCCACACCGGAGCAGAUUAAAGCUGGGCAUUUUUUCGAUCCUAAGUGUCACGGUACGGAUGGGGAAAUCCAUGUUGGCGCUCGUGAUACUGGCACUCGAUACUCGCCAAUGAUUCGCUCAGUAAUGAAGAUGCUCGCCGGACGCGGGAUUCCUACACACAAGGAUCUCAGUUGCGGUGAUCCUCGUGGGGUAUCGAUGCUACUCAAUACCAUACAUGGAAACCAGACUCGAUCGGAUGCCGGGCGUGACAUACUCCUCCCUAUCAUGCACCGGCCAAAUUUAUCAAUUCUUGUGGGUCACCGUGUCGGACGCGUCUUGAUCGAUACACAUACAUCACCCCCAUCUGCAAAAGGAGUGGAAUUUGGCACCGACGGGGAGACAUUCAAGGUGAAUGCAAAGCACGAUGUUAUCUUGGCUGCUGGCGCUCUUGUCAGUCCCCUGAUUCUAGAAUAUUCGGGGAUUGGACUCAAAUCUGUUCUAGAUACAGCAGGGGUUCCUCAAGUUGUUGAGCUUCCCGUCGGAUUGAACCUUCAGGACCAGACAACCACGUCUCUUUCCGCAAGUAUACACCCAGUUGGUGCGGGGCAAGGACAAGUGGUAUAUUUCGCAACUUGGAAAGAGAUUUUUACGGCAUCUUCUCUGAAAACCGCUCGUGGUUUAUUGGAUUCACAGCUGGAUCAAUGGGCCCAAGAUGCCGUGUCGAAGGGAGGAUUCGGAAAUGUCACAGCACUUAAAGUACAUAUGGGGCUCUAUCGUGACUGGAUCCUGAACCACAAUCUGGCAUACGCGGAGAUCUUCAUGGAUGCGAGCUCAACAAGCUUUGGGCUUACUAGCUGGAUUCUUCUUCCUUUCACUAGAGGCUAUGUUCACAUUAUGAAUAAGGAUCCGUAUCUUUGGCAGGCGACUCGAAAUCCAAGAUAUAUGGAGAAUGAUCUGGAUAGGUAUGCCCAGGCAGCUGCCUCUUUACUAGCGAGGAAAAUCAUCCAAGAAAACGAGAUGAAACAUUAUAUUCGACAAGAGACUUUUCCUGGCUCCACAGUUCCUCAAAAUGCUGCGAUGGAUGAUUGGGUAUCCCAUAUCAGCCAAAACUUCGGCCCUAAUUACCACGCUAUUGGUACAUGUGCGAUGAUGGCGAAGGAUCUAGGCGGAGUAGUAGACCACUCUGGUCGGGUUUAUGGUGUUCGGAAUCUCCGCGUGGUUGAUGCUUCAAUUGUGCCUACUCAGGUUUCUGCACAUACGUCUGCGUUGCUUUAUGGAAUGGCAGAGCGGCUUUCAGAUCUGAUUCUAGCUGAUUAUGAUGCAUAUCGAGUGUCAUAA